GAAGGAACGUUCCAAAUUAGAUAUUAUUUUGAGAAUAUAAAUCAACUUUCACAUCCUCUUUAUUUCUCCAUCUUCAUUCCAAUCAUUCAAAAUGUUGCGCACUAUCUCAAGAAAGACUUUCUCUCAAUCCACCAAUACUAUCUUCAAACCUUCCACUACCCUUUUCUCAAGAAAUAUGGCCGAUAGCCGCGUUGAAGCUGCUUCCCAAGUUGCUGGUGAAAAGAAAGAUACAAGCCCAUCUAACCCAUCUGUUAUUUCGUCCGCAGGUGCUGUUGGCAAGCAAUUCAACCCAGAUGGAAAUAUUGGACAGCUUGGUGAGAAGAUUGGAGGUCCAUUCUCAAAGGAUGGUGCCAUUGGUUCCCAAUUUGAUGCCGCCAAAGAUGGUCUCGCUGGACAGGUCGAGAAGGCUGUUGAUGGCCCGAGUAGACCUGCUACUGAGAAGAAAUCAUGAGUCAGCAUGAUGAAUGAGAGCUGACGAUGAAUUCAGAGGCUGUGAUGUAUAAUAUAGUUUGAAGGUCUUUCACAGCGGCCAAAAUUAGCCAUGUGUAUUAUAAUGAAUAAGUAGCGAAACUCGAGUUUCUUGAUCUAUGCCUUGAUGACUUUUUUGUGAGUUCGAAACA